AUGAAUCGUUUUCCCACUUGGGUACUGGCCAUUUUGAUCUUUCUCAUCAUUCCAAUGGUUAAUUCAGAAGACCAAGACUUGAAGCAACUCAAGCAAGUGCUGGUGCAAUUCAUGGACAAACUUUCACCGGGAAAUUCAGUGAGAGAUGUCAAAUGGGGUUGGAACAUGAGUUCAGACCCCUGCAGAGACCAAUGGGAGGGUGUGACAUGUGAUAAACAGAAUUAUGUGAAGAAAAUAGUUCUUGAAAUGUCCAAUUUAACUGGAGUUCUUGAUGCAAGUUCUCUCUGCAUGGUAGAGUCUUUGGGUGUUGUGAGUCUGAAGAACAACAAAAUAUCUGGUCUGCUUUCAGAAGACAUUGGAAAUUGCAGAGAUUUGACCCACUUUUAUAUAAGUGGAAAUCAGUUCUCUGGUGACCUUCCUGACUCUCUCUCACAGUUAAAUAAUUUGAAAAGGAUUGAUAUAUCCAACAAUAACUUCUAUGGUGAGCUUCCUGAUCUACCAAAGAUUUCAGGCUUGAUAUCUUUCCUUGCUCAAAACAAUCAACUUGAUGGGCAAAUACCAGAUUUUGAUUUCUCCAAUCUGAAGGUGUUCAAUGUCUCCAACAACAACUUCAGUGGUCCAAUUCCUGAUGUCAAAGGCCAACUCACAAAAGACAGCUUUUCAGGUAAUCCUAAGCUAUGUGGAAAACCACUACCAAAUACCUGCCCACCUGUCCCAACAUCUAUAAUGCCAAAGAAGAAAUCAAACAAGUCCUCAUCUAAAAAGCUUCUCAUCUUCUCAGGCUACAUAAUACUUGGCCUGGUUUUUGUAUGCUUCUUUGUGUAUAAAUUUAUAAGCAAAAAGAGGACCAGAGAACAUGAGGAAAAGGGUGGAAAUGAAAAGAUUGCAAUAGCUGAUACUGCUAGCACUGUGCCUAACACUAUUACUUCUAGUGAGUUCAAGGCUGAUGGUGUGCCUAAGACAGCAGAGUACUCAUUAACCUCUGUUGAAACUGGAAUGGUUCCACCGCUUGUAGUUCUCAUAAAUCCAUUGCUGAUGGGGUUAAGUUUUGAGGAGUUGCUUCGAGCUCCAGCUGAAUUGCUUGCAAGAGGAAAGAAUGGAAGCCUCUACAAAGUCAUGCUUGAUGAUGGGGUUAACUUGGUUGUGAAGAGGAUCAGGAAUUGUCGGAUCUCAAGCGAAGAUUUCAAGACUAGGAUGAAAAAGAUCAAUCAAGCUAAAUGUCGAAAUGUCUUGCCAGCAGUUGCAUUCUAUUGUUCCAGACAAGAGAAGCUCUUAGUAUAUGAAUAUCAACCGAAUGGCAAUCUCUUUAACCUUCUUCAUGGAUCUUCAAAUGGCCACAUAUUUGACUGGGGAAGCAGACUAAAUGUUGCAGACAUCAUUGCUGAGUCACUGGCGUUCAUGCACCAGGAGCUACGUGAAGAUGGCAUUGCCCAUGGCAACCUCAAGUCCAUGAACAUUUUGUUCAACAUGACCAUGAAGCCCUGCAUCAGUGAAUAUGGGGUAAUGGAGACUGAAAAUCAAGACCAGUCAUUCCUUUCUCCAAACAAUGGAAUUGAAAGUUCUAAUGCAGGCCAUGCAUAUAGCACAUUCAAGGAUGAUGUUUAUGGUUUUGGUGUGAUUCUUCUUGAGCUUUUGACUGGGAAGCUGGUCCAGCAAAAUGGGUUUGAUUUGCCGAGGUGGGUGCACUCAGUGGUUAAAGAGGAGUGGACUCUUGAAGUUUUUGACAAGGCCUUGAUCCAAGAAGGUGCAUGUGAAGAAAGGAUGGUGAACUUGUUGCAGGUAGCAUUGCAGUGCCUAAAUCCCUCAUCAAAUGAUAGGCCAAGUAUGAGUCGAGUUUCGAUGAGGCUAAAGUCUAUAAAAGAGGAGGAAGAGAGAUCUAUAUCUUCUGACCCAUGAAUAGAAGAAAAGA